AUGAUCGGGUCCGAACAGACAUCCGAAUUAAAAAAAGGGAGAUGGCCAAAACAUGACAGUGAUAUGUUGGAACGUUUAGUCGAGAAAUACGGAGAAGAUUGGAAGAAAAUCUCUGCAGAGAUAAAAAAUCGUACGUCCAAACAGUGUAGGGAAAGGUCGGUGAUUUACCUUUGGUCGCUCAUUCUCUCCGCCCAAAUGUUCCAACGAAUGGGUCCAAAAUGGGUCGAGAUAGCUGAUACUAUGAACGGUUGUACUGGUCUGAUGAUAAAAAACUACUGUAACAACAACAAGAGAAAAGAGUUAAGGAUUGGUGGAGCCAUUAGAUCGCAAACUCCUCCGAGUAUCAAUGCCACUCCAGUAAUAUCAAAUCACUCAGACCGAAGCGUACAAUCGGUCAAAGAUAAGAAUGAGAAAAUGAUGAUCUGCUUCGUUCUUAACGAACUUUAG